UGAAGUCUGAACUGCUUCCCUUCCUCCCCGACCGGACCCACUUGCCAGUUGCCAUGGCGACACCGCCGCCCCGACCGGGACCGGCGGCCCCCCUCGCCGACCGCCUCGAGUCCGCGACCUUCGCGCCGCCCCCUCCGCCCCCGCCGCCGCCCUCCCCCUCCGCCAUACUCUCAGCGUGGUCGCGCCUCCGCGAACCCUCCUCCUCUUCCCCCGCCGUCGCCCUCGCCGCACUCGAGACCCUCCACCUCCACCGCCGCGCGCUCCGCCUGUCCUCCGCGCACGUCGCGCUCCUCCUUCCUCUCCUCCCGCUCCAUCCGCGCCUCGUCGCCCCGCUGCUCGCCACGUCCCCGCACCUCCUCCCCGCCUCCCUCCCGGACUCCCUCCCCGUCUCCCCUCGCCUCCUCCUCCUCGGCGCCCGCGCCUUCGCCAAGAGCGCCAAGGAUCCCCCCAGCGGUGCGAGCUUGGGGAGCGCCACCGCCAAGAAUCUCGGCGGUGGCGAGUCUGCCAGUGGCCAUGAUGAUGAUCCUGUUCUGGCUGUGGGUCGCAUGCUUGAGGAUGUGGAGCAAGGGGGGCAGAGCAUCGAUGAUCUUGAUCACCUUGCACUUGCCGGGAUUGGUUACGCACUGGCGUCUGCUGAUGAGGUGCAAUUCAGAAGGAUUCUUGUGUCCUUGCUUAGGAUUUGUGGGAGGAUUGGGAACCUGGCUGUCGGUGUUCGGGUGCUUAAGCUGGUAGAGUGGCUGGUAAUGGGGUUUGUCGAGUCGAGGAAGAUGCGGAAGGUUCAGGUGCUCUUUGAGAUGAUCUCGCCAGAGACGUGCGAGAGCGAGGGUUAUGUGCUGUUUCCAGUGGUCAUGGCGGCAUGCGGUGGAUUGCGGGCACUGAGGGUUGCUUCGGCGAGGUACCGGUUGGACUUUGAUCCACGGUUGAAAGAGGCGCCUGAGCGGACAAUUCGGUUUGCAGCUGAGAGGGUUGUUUUAGAAGGGAGGCCUGCCGAUGAUCAGCAUAUCCUUGUUCAGUGUGUCACAUUGGGCUUGACACAAUGUGGGCGGGUCAUGUUCCAUGAGCCGGUGUUACAGUGUAUCUGUAUGGGAUUACUGAAGGAACUCCUCCCUCUGCCGGGUAUGCUCAGGAUGUCAGUUGAAAGUGUGGAAGGGAACGCAGCUGAUGUUGUCAAGGCUAAGGUCAACCAACACCUGGAUAGUGUCCUUUUCAAAGAGGCUGGCCCGGUGACUGGGGUUCUUUGCAAUCACUACUCAUAUGCCGGCAGCAUGGCUAAAGAGUUUGUCGAAACUUGUGUGUGGGAGUAUGCACAGGAGAUUUAUUGUCAUCUUCGUGCAGCAGUGCUGCUGCACCGGGGAAAGCAGGAUGACUUGAUUACUGCAAUUGACAAGAUUGCUGAGGCCUCAUUUCUUAUGGUUGUAGUCUUUGCAGCUGAGGUCACUAAACACAGGCUAAUUGCUAAGUCCUUAGAGGGGUUCCAACCUGAGGUUGCUGCUAAAAUCUUGGUGGCAUUCUCAUGUGUGGAGCAUCUGAGGCGCCUGCGUCUUCCUGAGUACACUGAGGCAGUCCGGCGUGCUGUACUCGCAAAUCAAGAGAAUGCAGCAGCUGUUACUUUGUUUAUUGAGUCAAUGCCUUCAUAUGCUGAAUUGACAAGUCAACCAGAUUUUCCAAGCUUGGCUGGAACAAGAUAUAUUUGGCACAAAGAUGAGGUUCAGACAUCACGCAUACUGUUUUACCUGCGGGUUGUGCCAACUUGUGUUGGCCUCAUUCCAGCUCAUAUGAUUCGGGAUAAAGUGGCUUCAAUCAUGUUCUUAUACUUACAGCAUUCAAAUGAGAAAGUUACGAGUGCUUCACAUUCUGUGAUGGUAUCUUUCCUGUCAUCUGGCAAUGACGCUGAUCAGGAUGAUCGAACAAUUUUGAAAGAGCAACUUAUCUUUUACUACAUCAAGCGAUCUUUGGAGGCUUAUCCUGGGGUAACCCCAUUCGAUGGAUUAGCAUCAGGAGUCGCAGCAAUUGUUCGGCAUAUUCCUGCAGGGAGCCCUGCCAUUCUUUUUUGUAUCCAUAGCCUUGUUGUCAAGGCUAAGGAUCUUUGUGAUACUGCAAAGGUUCAGGACAAAUCCUUAUGGAGAUCAUGGGAAGAAAGCACAGAACCUUGUAAGAAAACAUUGGAUCUGUUGCUGAGACUAAUCUUCCUUGUGGAUAUUCAGUCAUUCCCUUACCUGCUGAAGGAGCUGGCAGAAUUCGUGACUCUGCUACCGAAGGAAGGGCAGGAUGCGCUCCUCGAUGACAUGCACGCCCAUGUUGCAGAGUCUGAUGAUGUCACUCGGAAGCCGGUACUUGUGUCGUGGCUGCAGUCGCUCUCUUACAUCAGCUCGCAGUGGAGUCGUAGCGAGUCUCAUAGCAAGGCCACGAAUGCUUCAUCUGUAGCAAGCGAUGAGCUGACCCUGAACAGAACUAUGGCACGCCUGUGAUAUCAUCUGUCAUGCUUGUAAAAUCAGUACAUCAUGCAGUAUAUUGGAUGCGUGUUGCCCGUACAAAAUUGAGUAAAUUAGAUGCAUGUUGCAAGGAUUAUAUAAGUUUUUCAAAUUUCA